ACGAGUGAUAGAGCUCAAUGAGCUUUGUUGUAGUGUGCUGCAUCUUGAUGCAAUUCCCUCCCACCUGCUGCAGGCUCAUCUUUCCCCAAAUCUUCCCUCACCCAAAAAGAAACAAAUCCAGACAAAAAGGGUGUAGUAAACAUGGCCGUAGGCAACAAAACGCCAACUUCUCCUGGAUUCAGACACUCUUUUUCUCUCACUAUCACUCUCUCUCUCUCCCUCUGUGUGUGUGUACAGCACUACGUGUAUUUAUCUCAACAAAAGUCAGCCAGGCUAAAUAUUUGAUCUGGAGAUUAGGGUGGGUGGGAUUGGUGCAAAACAAUACACGCCGCCCUGUUCGGAAUGUAGCGUUACUACUACUAUUUCCCCAUCGCAAAACUACAUCGCAAUAGACCGGUGUGCAGUGCGGUGGGAAAGUCACUGCCUAGAUUUACGAGCAUCCUCUGCUGGUGGUCGGAAUCGGAACUUUAGCGUGUGCCUUAGUUUCCGUGCCAAAGUUUGACCGACUUUUGUGUUGGAACGUACACGCGUUCGCUCCCGCGCGAAUGGCAUUAUCUGACUCGCAAUGGGUAAAGGUGCAGGGUCGAGUACGACUAAAAGAAAAUAAAAGUACAAUCCCAACGCGAUUCAAGUAGCAGCACAGCAAAAAAAAAACCUCCACACUCGGCGCCACUCAUACUAGAUUGUUUAAACAACGCUGACACUAUCAGUGCCCGGGGGCGGCGUUAGACUGGCGAACGAAUAAAAGGUUACGUAUUCGGCAAAACAUUCUUCCCAGCCUUACACCUGAUCUGAGGAGCUGAGGAAGAUAACGGAGCGAAAUCGUUCUGUUCUAGAAAGCGUUGCAUUCUAGCAGAAGCUGACAGGUUGUACGUUAAUUUGUGUUCGUUUGGAUCACUAAGAUUGCUUCUUUGAGCUACUAAUUCCAUAUUGUAUAGAAAUAUCACUUGAAAAAAGAUAGAAGAUCCGAUGCGUAGGCAAUAAUGUCAUUGGAUAUUCAAAAAAACUGUAUCAAAUGACAUCGAAAAAAGUGUGAAAUCCUGUAAAUGAGUUCACACCUCACCGUAUUCAGAUGAGAUGCUUCUGAAUGCGGUGAAUGUAUGUUAAUGACUUCCGGAUAGCUUCUUCACCAGGAACCAUUCCGAGCGAACGAACUUCCAAUGUCAUCGGUCGGCCAACGCAUUUCUACGCAGAUACUACAUACAUUUUACAGCAUUUAGAAUGCUACGCUAGCAGUGUGGCGGACCACACUGGAAGAGCAUAGGGAGCAACAUCUCCCAGACACGUCAACUCCUACGGGUUAACCUUUUUCGCCGUUGAAAAGAAGCGCAAAUGAAGCAUGGGCGGACGGCGGUCGAAUCAUCUCGUCUGUGCUGGGGUUUUGGAGUAUUGGUGCGUUGGAAGUAGCAUUCCGUUUUCGGGUCAACAGUAACGUCUGCCAAUCAUUAGAACGCUCUUGUUCUGGUGGUUGCUUCGGUUCGGGAUUCUACAGUUGCAAAUGCGGUGAUGACGUCAAGAUGAGUCAUACGCCGUACUUUUGCAUCAAUUUUUGUUCGAUUGUCGUUCAAAAGACACGCUGCCCUGACUGUACAUCUCUGUCCGUGUUUCUGCAUGGCUGUGUCACAGCCGAGGGGGGCGUAACUACGUUCGCGACGCGACGUCAUCAAUUAGCCAUUUUCACACCCCACUUGCUAACAACCAGUUUUGUGGUAGCCGCGAUGUGGACGACGAUCAACCGUUCCGUUCCGAAUCAAUGGGUCACCGAAUGGCUUUUUGCCUGGGUGCCGUGCUGGUUUGGCUUUACCAUUCUUCACCUGAGAAGCGACCGAAGCUUGCGUCAAACGGGCGUUUUAAAAUUCAAAGCAUUUCAAUCGCUCACAUGCUCGCAACGUGUAUGACGCACAGGAAGUUGUUCGCAUCGGUUCGCAUGUGAGCAAUUUCCCAUGAUAUCUCACAGGCGAAGGUUAGUAGUGUUUUCGCUAGUGUUAGACAUUCGACUGGGAUUUUGUAUCUGAUUUACAGCUGCUUUAAAUGUUGCCACCAAUCGGGGAACUACUGCCGGUCCCGACUUCACUCUCUGAUCUUCUGGUGUUUGCUUAAAUUUUCACGUAUCAGAAGUCCGAUUAAAGUAAAAAUUGAAACUUCACUAUGGCAUGCGCUGUCGUUGCAACAGUUACACACAGCACGCAAUAGCCUGCGUUCCGUACCAGCAUCGGAACCGGUCGGCAUCUCUCUAAUGGUCACUAAUGGCGUCCGUGACGUUUCCUUAUCAUCGUCAAGCUGCCCCUCGCCCCAUAUGCCAAGCGCACGAAACCGUCUUUCAUCAAACGACCGUGCUAGAAGAUACUGGUUGCGGGUUGGGAAAUAAAAAUUUAUUGCCCCAGCCUAACCUCACUUGUCGCACAGCUUGUUACACAAUAGUGCGAUGCUCCAAAAUGGAAGACUCGUUCGAUGUGGCGUGGACGGGACGGGGGAGAUGAAUUCGCGUGCGCGCGAGCCCUGCUGCAAUCGUCCAAUGCAUUUGCCCUGUGGCGCUCCAAACCUUACCCACCGCAGCCCUUUACUACGCCUAGAGAAGAAUGUACAGCGUUUUUUUCUGCGAAGAUGGCGUGACGCCGCAGUGACAUCCGCCGCAAAAUGUCAUCAAGAUUGAGAACGUUGUGAAGAUGGUUUAGGAACGGGUCUCUGCUAGCGCUGCGCUAGAACUCGGACACACAGACACAAACGCGGAACGAUCAGUAAGGAAUCCGGCGAAAGGAGGCAGGCCGGGGCAGUACAAUUUGCUUUCUAUUCGCGUGAGCAGCGCUGCACAAGUGGCGGGCAUGAUCUUGCAAGAUAAAUUGAGAGUGCCUUUCACUUCACCAAGAAGCAUUGUGCGAAGUUUUGUUUUGUUUUUUUUGUUUUUCUGUUGUUGGGAUGAUAUGGUAUGUGGCACGGAUGGGCUGAUGGGUUACGUUCGCUUGCAACAGGUCCGAAGACAAUGCCAUAUUUUGCGAAAAAUAAAAACCCUCCCAUUGAUCGAUUAUACCAUUCGUGGGGGUAAUUUCAAUGAGUUACAAUAAUGCAAAGCUGAUUACUGCUGAUGCCUGCGCGCCUCGCAGCACAUGAUGGUCCGCGUCUCGGCCAUCGAACAGUACAACCUCCGCCAUCAGUCGGUAGACGGCCAGGCCAUGGCUCCUUGCGGUGCGGUUUGAUUUGCAAGUACGCGUCGCCCGGCGGCCCAUCCGGUGGCCCAGAGCGACCGGUUCGCGGCGGCAAACUACCAAAUAAGUCCUUAAGUACCGCAAUAAAUUUCCCUCGCUUUUGACCUGCCACUCGGACCGGUGGUAGUUUGGGACGGUGUAAAACAGGAGCCAGCGGAACGGCGUCCAGUUUCCUGUACCAGGGCGUGUGUACCGGUACGGUGAAAAGCAAUUUUUACCCCCGCACCGAUGGCCGGUAAGGUCCAGCAUUCGAUCGAUACGGUUAUGGAAACUUGCUCCGGCGGUUGGCGUGCCUUCGCGAAGACAAAUUAACUUCGGAAGCAGGUUGAGAUCAGAUUGGAAUUCGUUGUUUUUUCUUCUUCUGUCGUUCGAGAUUGAUAAGUGUAAAAUAGAGUGGAGCAAUGAAAAAAAAGAGAGAGAGAGAGAGAGAGAGAGAAAAAAAAAGAGAGUGAGAGAGUGUUUGUGACAUGUUUUGGAGCUCAGUUUUGCCUGGUGAAUUGGGUAGCGGUGGUCUUGCAAUUGAUCUGACAUCUUACCCCCAUUUUUGCAGUGCUCCUCCGAGCAUCUUCCGAACUGAGCAGACGGUUUUGGUACAAACCGCCCAACAAAACACCCCAAAAGCAACGUUCGUCACCGAGGAUCGACUAAACGAUGCCUAUCUGUACGCUACCGACGGUGACAAUUUACGAGGACUUUGACAAGCUCAGCGCAAAGGAGGUGUACUUCACGGAGUCGGGCGAUAAGGUGACGGUGAAGCUGUUACACUUUCCCAACCUCAGCCCGGAAGAGCAGGACCAUCUGAAGACGAUGUCGGACAGCGGGGACGAGCACGGGGCGGCCAACGCCGGCACGGCCGGCCAUGCCGGAACGUCCGGGGACGCGGUGCCCCGCACCCGCAAGAAGUCCUUCACCCGGAAGCUCUCGAACGAUGCGCGCAAGUUUUCCGCCCUGGCCGCCAGCCGCAAAAACUCCAAGGACGCCGACCUGACGGCACUGCCCGGUGGCGCCAACGCAGCCCAAUCGGGCCAGCAUGCGGCGGGGCAGCAUCAUCACCAUCAUCACCACUACCAUCACCAUCACCAUCAGCACCAGUACCAGGGGGCGGUGCCGGCGACACACUCGCACAGUGGGCCGCCCCACGUCCAGCAGCAUUAUCAGCAGCAGCCGGUGCGAGCGACGCAGCGCACACACAGCACGUCCCACUCGCAGUGCCACUAUCAGAGCCAGCUGCCCAUACUGCAGCAUCCGGCCGACGGGGCUGGCCGGUCGGAGUGUGCGGGUGGCGGCUCGCUGCGUCACCGCAUCGGUGCGCACCGGUCGCCGUCGCCGCGCCAAUCCGCCAGCCUGUGUCCCGGGUACGAGCAGUACCAGAUGUCGCUGCUGGAGGUGCCGAUGCCACGUGAUUACGGCGAUGCAUCGAGCGACGAUCUGAGCUCGGAAUGGGACUCGGACGUACCGGACGUGCGGCAUGAAUCGGGCACGAAGCCUUCCGGAUGGCGUAAAUUGCGCAACAUCGUACAGUGGACACCGUUCUUCCAGACGUACAAAAAGCAACGCUACCCGUGGGUGCAGCUAGCCGGACAUCAGGGAAACUUCAAAGCCGGACCGGACCAGGGCACGGUACUGAAGAAGCUAUGCCCCAAAGAGGAAAAGUGCUUUAAGGUACUGAUGAAGGAUGUCCUGAGACCCUACGUUCCCGAGUACAAGGGUCAGGUGAAUAGUGAAGAUGGCGAAUCAACCUAUAUACAGCUGCAGGAUCUACUCAGCGAUUUCUAUCAACCGUGCGUGAUGGAUUGUAAGAUAGGCGUCCGGACCUACCUAGAAGAGGAACUGUCGAAAGCCAAAGAGAAGCCGAAACUUCGAAAAGAUAUGUACGAAAAGAUGAUACAGAUCGAUCAAAACGCCCCCACCGAAGAGGAGCACCGUGCUAAAGGUGUCACCAAGCCACGCUACAUGGUAUGGAGGGAAACCAUCUCCAGCACGUCCACGCUCGGAUUUCGAAUAGAGGGUAUCAAAAAGAGUGACGGCACGAGUUCAAAGGAUUUCAAAACGACAAAAUCGCGUGAUCAAAUUUGUGAAGCAUUUCGCGAAUUUACUGACGGGUUCCCGCAUGCAAUGCCUAAAUACAUUCAACGGUUGAAGGCGAUUCGGGCAACGCUCGAGUAUUCCGAGUUCUUCAAAAGCCACGAGGUGAUAGGAAGCUCACUGUUGUUCGUGCACGACCGUCACAAGGCAAGCGUCUGGCUGAUCGACUUUGCCAAAACGGUCGCGCUUCCGGAGAGUGUGGCCAUUACGCAUGACAGCAAGUGGAAGGUGGGCAACCACGAAGACGGCUACCUGAUUGGGAUCAACAAUCUGAUCGACAUCUUCAGCGAAGUGCACGAUCGGCAAACACUGCAGUGCCUGACGGAGCGAAUACCUCGGCUUUCGCUACCGGACGACACCAACGGUAUCGAUGCGAAUUCGGAUGAUCCUCUGCGUCACGACGGGUGCAAUCGGAACAGUGAGAUCUCGUCUGCUGCCGUACCCGCCGUGCCGGACCGAUGUGUCGAUAAGAUCGGCUGUGUGAAUAACAACAACAAUUACGACUGCAAACCAGAGGAUCAGCAGCUGGUGGGCAACAGCACGGCGGACACGAGCACAGGCCUGCGUGACUGCAUCGGGUCGAGUUCGGGGUAGUGCCGGCUGGUCUGGCCGGGCGUGUACGCUGCCAACCAAGGACUGAAUCGAAUUAGUAUGUAAGAUUUUUGUUUGUGGUCAACCACGAAAACACAUGCAGUUGUCGAAUGAUUGAGGACCGUUUGUUCAUACUCUGGCAUCGAGCGAGUGAGAAUCCUUUGUUAAUUUAUAAAAUACUACGAUCAAACACUCUGAACAUUAGGAUAGUAAUGGUAGCGUAAAGUACAGUAGACUAACAUACAGUUUAAUAUAUUCAACUCUAUUAUGAAAAUCGUUUAGUUUUGUAUGUG